AUGGCCAAUCUUCUGAGUUAUGUGUUAUUCCUGGCGCUCCGCGCAUACGCCGCUCCUCCAGAGUACAUCCAGCGGUGGCCCGACGGCUUCACACCGGCUCCCGGAGAUCCCUCAAACGAUUCAGUCACUCCGUCACUGAUCCCGCCCCCGGGAUCCUCCAAACACCCACCCCACAGCAUCAUCAUCGGCGUCCGUAAGGGAGGCACCCGAGCCCUGCUGGAGAUGCUGGAUAUCCAUCCUGAAGUGGCGGCAGCUGCCACUGAAGUCCACUUCUUUGAUUGGGAUGAGAACUACAGUAAGGGUUUUGAUUGGUAUCGAGAGCAAAUGCCGUACUCCUACCCGACUCAAAUCACAAUUGAGAAAACACCGGGGUAUUUCACAUCUCAAGUGGCGCCGGCGAGGAUCCACGCGAUGAAUUCAUCUAUUAGGCUCUUGCUGAUCCUUCGGGAUCCCACCGAGCGGGUGAUCUCGGAUUACACGCAGGUCUAUUUCAACCGGCUGGAGAACCACAAGCCCGUGCAGGCCAUCGAGAACAUGCUGGUGAAGAACGGAGCGCUGAAUACGCGCUAUAAAGCCAUCCAGCGCAGUCUGUACGAUGUGCACAUGAGGAACUGGCUCCAGCACUUUCCCCUGGAGCAGAUCCAUAUUGUUGAUGGAGACACGCUGAUCCACGACCCGCUCCCGGAGCUCCAGAGAGUCGAGCGCUUCUUAGAUCUGCCGCCGCGGAUUGAAGCCUCCAACUUCUACUUUAACCAAACUAAAGGCUUCUACUGCAUCCGCAGCGAUGGUCACGAGCGCUGUUUGCACGAGUCGAAAGGGCGUCCGCAUCCUCCGGUGAACAGUAAUGUGCUGCGGCAGCUGCGCUCGUAUCUGCGCCAACACAAUCGGAACUUCUACCGGCUCAUAGGACGCACUUUUAACUGGCAGUAA